AGCAACUCCCUUACAGGCGCAGAGGGAGAGAAACGAAGGGGAUCAGAAAUGGUGUCGUUGAAGCUUCAGAAGCGGCUCGCUGCUAGCGUUCUCAAGUGUGGAAAAGGCAAAGUUUGGCUCGAUCCAAAUGAGGUUAACGAUAUUUCCAUGGCCAACUCUCGGCAAAACAUAAGGAAGCUAGUGAAGGAUGGUUUUAUCAUCAGAAAGCCAACUAAGAUCCACUCAAGAUCUCGCGCACGAAGAAUGAAGGAAGCCAAGAGAAAGGGGCGUCAUGCUGGAUAUGGUAAGCGCAAGGGUACCAGGGAAGCUAGGUUGCCCACAAAGGUAUUAUGGAUGAGAAGGUUGCGCGUUUUGAGGCGUUUGCUCCGUAAGUACAGGGAAGCCAAGAAGAUUGACAAGCACAUGUAUCAUGAUAUGUACAUGAAAGUUAAGGGUAAUGUCUUCAAGAACAAAAGAGUUCUUAUGGAAAGCAUCCACAAAUCAAAGGCAGAGAAAGCAAGAGAGAAGACAUUGUCUGAUCAGUUCGAGGCUAAGCGAGCAAAGAACAAGGCUAGCAGGGAAAGGAAGUUUGCUAGAAGAGAAGAGCGCUUGGCUCAGGGACCUGUAGAGAAAGUAGCACAGCCAGAAGUUGCUGCUGCUGUUGCACCAGCUACUCAGGUAUCCAAGAAGAAAUCAAAGAAGUGAAAAUUUAAUUUGGUUUGAGAAUGCAAUAUCUUCUUGUUAUUUCUAAAACUGUUUAUUUUGUUACUGCUUUUUUAUUCCCUUUUAGUCAUGAAUACUGCUGAAACAUUGUAGUUCGGGUGUAGGAUGCAAAAGAUUUUAUACCUCAACUUUAAUGUUAUGAUGUUUGUUUGUUGCUAAAAAUGCUGAAAAUGUGGUUUAUAAGAUUUUGAU